GUUGCCGCUUCUAUGACGAUGGCUGAAGAGGACACGCUGCUGUCCGAAGACCCCGAAAGCUCCAGAGCACGCCUAGCUGAGACCCCUACUGUUAAAGAGCUAGAAGAGCUCCUCAACACAGGGAGAUCUUCCUGUAACCAUGUUGACGAAGUGUGGCCUAACCUUUUCUUAGGAGAUCACAUUUCCGCUCAUAGCCGGUUUGGUUUAUGGAAGAUGGGCAUCAGCCACAUUUUAAAUGCAGCUCAUGGCACAAUAUUUUGCCAUGAGCCCCAUGAUUUUUAUGGCACCACCAUUGAAUACUACGGAGUACCAGCCCAUGACCUUCCAGAUUUUGAUAUAAGCCCGUAUUUUUACCCGGCAGCAGAAUUUAUACACAAAGCCUUGAACACCCCAGGAGCCAAAAUCUUUGUACACUGUGCAGUUGGGAUAAGCCGAUCCGCUUCCUUGGUGCUGGCAUACCUCAUGAUCUACCACCAUCUUUCUUUGAUUGAAGCGAUUGAGGCAGUGAAAAAACAUCGGUGGAUUUUCCCCAAUCGAGGCUUUCAGGAACAACUGAGAAAUUUGGACAUUCAGCUCAGAUGCACAAAACAAAGCAAAUGAACAGAAAAAGAGAGUACUUUUAAAGUUCUAAAUAGAGAUGGGCAUGGACCGGGAAAAUUCCAAGCCAUGUGGUUCGUGGUUCGUCGUGUUUCAUGAACCACGAACUCUCACGAACUGGCCCUGGUUCAUGAACCAGUUCAUUCAGUUUGUGAAAACAUCACUUGCAGGUCAGCAGAAGGUCUGCAGAGAGCCUAUCCCCCCCUCCGUUGCCUAGGAAACUGAUUGAUUGGCACCAGGCUGUCUGCAGUGACGAACCAAAACACAAACCAAAUGAACCAGGCUAAAAUUCAUCACAGUUUGUGAGAAAUGAGCUCCCAUGAACCACCAGUUCACAAACCACAAACCGGCCUGCUUCAUGACAUACUUCGGUUCAUAUUUCAGUUCAUGCCUCCUCUCGUUCUAAAUCUCCUGGAAUGUUUUCAUAAAACUUAGCUCUUCAUAGUCAUUUUAGGAAGGCAACCAUAUUAGCAGAAAGAGGUUGGGGAUCUAAUAGGCCACCUACUAUUUUGGACCUGCCUGGUUACUUAGAUUAUCAGCUGAGGACCUGUUAUAUGUUGUACUUUGAGGCUGUUGAUGGCCACAAGGGACAGGUCUUUUUGGUGGUGGCCCCUGGAACACGGAACACCCUCUAUAGGAAAAUUAGGUCUCUUCUCCUUGUGGAAAUCUUUUAAAUGGUUUGUUCCAGAGAGCUUGGAGGAGGCUGGUAAUAGUAGUACAUUUUCUAUUGGUAUGAUCUGUUUUUAAAUAUAGCUGCUAUAUGUUAUGAUUUUGUUGAUUGUAUGUCAGGUUUUAUUUCGAUGACUGUGUUUUUGGAUUGGGGGUGGUUAGACACAA